AUGUUCCAAUGGGCCAAAGACUGGGUCGUAGACAAAGCCUCCGGCCUCGCCGCGACGGCAAUCCAAGCGGGCGGCACAAUGGCCGGCAACGCCGUCGGCGGCGCCGGCACGCUGAUCGAGAACAGCGGCCGCAACGUCUCCCAAAGUGCGAACGGUCAGUCCAGUCCCUUUCCUUUCCCAAAUCAGCGGGAAUCCUUGCUUGGGGGGUUUUUUUUUCUUGUUUUCUGAUCGGUAGCGCGUUGCACAGGUGCUAUUGGGGGUGUGGGGAGUUAUAUUAAUUCUUAUGGGGAUGGGAUUAAGAAUAGUAUGGCGGCGAGUGGGAGUGGGAGUGGGGGUGGGGGUGGGGAGAGGAAGGUUCCUGUGAAGGCGAGUUCGGCGGUGGGAGGGGGAGGAGGGGGAGGAGGGAAAGGGACGACGAAGGCAUUGCCUUCUUCUUCUUCUUCUUCUUCCGCCGCGACGAAAGCAUUACCCGCUCCCGCCGCCUCAUCGACGUCUUCCUCCGCGACGAAACCGAAACACACCACCCCUCUCCCCUCAAAACCCCCGCCCGCCACAGCGAAUCGCAACCUCCCGGCCAAGAAACCCUCCACCACCACCAGACCGACCCCGACUCUGCCGCAGAUCUCCUCCUCAGCAGCCGACCGAACCCCGGAUGGGAAAGUGAAGAUCUCGCCCGCGUCGAGGCCCCAGCAGGGCGGCAAGUCGAACAUCGCGACGAAGAAUGGGAACACGCCGAAGCCGGCGGCGCUGUCCAAGGUUGCGGCGGGCAAGGCGGAUAGGACGCCCGAGGGGAAGGUGAGGAUUUCGGCUGCGAGUCGGCCGAGGAAGGCUGUGAGUGCGCGUUAG